AUGCAGAUUGCCAUACCAGCUGUUAUAAUUGGCACUCCUCAAGUUCUUAUGACGAUUCUUGGAUUUCUUGAUUACAGUAGUCCUGAAAUCGACAUCAUUGGAUAUAUGUUGAUGUCAAUUCAUGGUGUAUCUUCCACUCUUGUCAUGUUGUACUGUCAUACACCGUAUCGUCAGUUUUGUCAGAGUUUGGUCGGUAGAAGACUGAAGAUUUUUCGUCAUCAUACGACAUCCUUGACAGUGACUUAA